CCAGUCAGUUAUAAACAUUUGCGUCAGUAGCUAUAUUGUAUUACUAGUAUUUUUCCGGGUAAAGUAAAAAAAUUACGUGAUUUUGAAAAUAAAUGUUCCUUUUGUCAUUGUUUUAUUUGGAAAUCUUGUGUUUGUGAUAACUAAAAAAUAGAAUUCUAUUUAAAAUACUUUUUAGUAUUUUUCAAAAUUUUUUUAUAAAGAAUUCAAUAUGCAAUGAAUACAGACAGUCUUCAAAGGGUAUUUUUCAUUAUUAAAAUGCUACAAUUUCGUCGAUUAAAUCAUUGAUCAUGACCACUGUGUCUGCAUCUACAGCAAAUUAUUACACACGACACCAUCAAACACAACCUUUUAAAACGCUCAACGGAACUAACGCUGCCAUUCUUCGGACCGACAGAGUAUUAUCUUACAGACCACAAUGCACUGCCAAACGAAAGAGCGCAGUGGAACUUUUACAGGAAACCAAAUCACUUUAUGUCAAAUCGGAAACAGUUUUGGACAGAAAACAAGAGCUAAGACGAAGUCUCCGAAGCAGUGGAUCUUCGGACAAAGGUUCAACGUCCUAUGAAGUGUCUCCUUCUAUAUGUUGUCACCAUAUUAAAAAUAACUGCUGUAGUUUAACUUGUCUACCACCGCCAAAAAGUCCUCGACUUGUUACAACUUGCAACAGAAAAUCUACAGCCGAUUCCCAACAACUACAAAAUGAUCUCAGACGGCUGUUAAAUGCUGACUCUAAGGAAAAUGUAUUUGAAGCAGCUUCUGUAUUUUUGGAUGAUGAUAUUUUACCGCCUCCUAUACAAUACCGUAGAACAGCAUCACAUGACCAACACCACCAUCAGUCCUGUGGCUCGUCAUUUGAGUAUGUAGCCAUGUGUCAUAAGUCUAUGCCAGAUCUCACGGGCACUGUGGAUUCGACUUGUCAUAGAAAUCACCAAGUUUUUGCACCGUCUGAGUCUAUAUGUGAUACUGAAGAUGAAAUUAUUGAAACAAAUACAUUUAGUUCAUCACCUCAACGAUUUGGAAACGUCAACAAGUCAAGUAGAAUACUGCCCCAGGAUGAAACGGACACUACUACGAACGUAACCUCUUUUCCGGAUUCCCUUAGCCUAACCAGUUACAAAACGGACGCCAGAUGGCAACAGUCUGCACAUGGUGGUGAAACGAGCAGUUCGAUUGAAGAAGAAAAUGUAGACAAUUUAUCACCAACUCGCUCAUCAUUUUCUCCAGCUAAAUCGUCGCUGUCAACCCCAAACCGUCGUCCACGAUCUACUGGCUGCACAUCGAGUUUUCCUUUACUGCCUCCUCCUCCUCAUAUACCACUAACAGAUGAAAGUGGUAGUCAACAACAACCAACGGCAACAGACCAACCCAACAUUUGUAAAGCUCGACCUAUUCUGAGAAGCAAGUCGGACGUAGGUUACAGGGCGCUUAAUGUAUUGAGCUUAGCUCCACACGUCGCUUCCACUAAUCAACAAUUCUAUGACCCAGAGCAAUUAGAGAAUUUUUUCGGUCAUCUAGGUCUGGAACCAGAAGAAUACAACUCUAUAAUAAAGUACGUUGAUCCAGACAACGACUCGGACACAUGUUUUCAGGGUGGCUCAAAUAUAAGUUCCUCUGUAGGAUCAGUAAGCGGCGGUAGCAACAAUAACAACAACUAUGGUGGAAACGAGAAAAGUAACGGAGGAAGUUUGCAUCACGUGGAGUCAACUUCUAUAGUGGAACGAAACGCUAGAAUAAUAAAAUGGCUGUGCAACUGUCGCAAAGCUAACCAACAGCAACCGGUUACGGUUGAAUCCUAAAAUAUUCUCGGUCUCAUUCGAAUUAUUAUUAUUUGAAUUAAGAAAGAUAAUAGCUUAAAUAUAUUUUUACACAGUACUCAUUUUGAUUAGAUUAAUUCAAAACUAUUAUCGUCAAAAUAAUUUUUCGAAGACGUAGUUUUUUUAAUUAUGUUUAUUUUUCUCUAAGCAAUUGACGGUUACCAAUUGUGUAUAGAUAAUAAACUUAUUUUAUUAUAAUGUUAUUACGUAGUUUAUUAUAGCUCCAUCUAAUACUAUUUAAACAUAAUUUUAAAAUGAUUAUAGUAAUAUAUUAUUUUAUUGUCUAUGCUUAUAUUCGAACAAGGUAUUCAUCAAAGGGUUCGAAUACGGACCUCAAAAUAUUUAUAAUUGACAAUAUACGCACAAUUAUACUUAAA